CCGGCCCAAACCCGAGUCUGACUGGGUGUUGUUGUCCGAUCAAAACCCUAGCAGCUCUGCAUAAAACCUCAUUUCACUAUCCUCCUUGCUUCAUUUCGCAUUCGGCUGCAAAUUUACCCUCUCUCUCCGCACUCUGCAGAUCCAGAGCCCUCUCAAGCAGAGAUGAAGGUGGUCGCUGCAUACUUGUUGGCUGUGUUGGGCGGCAAGACCACCCCUACCGCCGAAGAUAUCAAGGACAUCCUUGGCUCCGUUGGUGCUGAGGCUGAUGAUGACAGGAUUCAACUUCUGCUCUCCGAAGUCAAGGGUAAGGACAUCACCGAGCUAAUUGCCUCUGGAAGGGAAAAGUUGGCCUCCGUGCCAGCUGGUGGAGGUGGUGCUGUUGCUGUUGCUGCAACUGGCGGUGGUGGUGGUGCUGCUGCUGCCCCUGCUGCAGCUGAGGCAAAGAAAGAGGAGAAGGUUGAGGAGAAAGAGGAAUCCGAUGAUGACAUGGGAUUCAGUCUCUUUGACUAGAGCGGUUGGAGUGCAUACAUCCCGGUUUUCUCUGUUGGAGUUAAAUAGAAAUUUUUAUUCAGUUGAAUGUUCGGUUUUUGGAUCUUAGCCAGUAGAAGACAUGAUCACAAUCUAAUAUGCAGUUGGUUAUGGUUAUGCAAUUGUGGUGGAUUUGAAUCUUCUUUUCUAUCCAAGUUUAUGAAUCUUUUGUCUUC